GCCGAAGAUGAACAAUUGUCCAGCUGAGGCCAUACGUUUGAAUACGUCAGUUUACACUGACGUCGCCGUCAUUAAACAAAGUGCAAUAGGACUAGAAGCUUAUGACUUUGACAACAACAAGUUACUUGUGUGGUAUCAACCGCAAACGAUAGAACAUUGUAAAUGUUCGGACUCUCAUAAAGUUAUUUUUAAUGUUUCUGCAAUGGCUGUAGAUGAAUAUGGGAAGGUUGCGAGUUGUAACUUUACAGUAACUGUACGAGAUAUUAUCCGGCCGAAAAUCUUGUUUUGUCCUAGCGAUAUCUAUGUCUUAGAAGGAGACGUGGUCACGUGGAAAGAUCCAGUGUUUGUAGAUAAUGUAGGGAUUGCACAGAAUUAUGUCAAUAUGGAGAAAGGGAAAUCAUACCCUGUUGGAAGGCACACUGUAGAGUACCUUGUGAAAGAUUAUGACCGGAAUGAAGCAUAUUGCAGAUUUGAAAUCAUUGUAGACAAGGCAAAGCCGGAUGCACCCAAGAUACAAAAUUGUCCCGUGAACGUCGUGCAGUUGAACACGUCAUACAUGAGUGAUAAUGCCAUCGUCGAUAACUUUAAUACUGGUGGUAUAUCAGCGCAUAAUGAUAGUGGCAAUUACUUUCAGGUAAAAUAUUCGCCAGAGAAAGUUUACCAUUGUAAUUGUUCUUCCUUUACCACGGUAACAACCACUAUUUUUGCCGAGGUCGUUGAUAGCUAUGGCAACAAGGACACCUGUCAAUUCAAGGUCGUUGUCAAAGAUAUUUACAAACCUGUUUUUACCUCUUGUCCAAGCCAUAUUUAUGCAUCUGAAAACGAGAAGGUUACUUGGCAAGAACCUACUUAUUAUGAUAACGUAGGAGUAUUGGACAUGUCCCGUCUGGGUUAUGAGAGCGGUCAGGUACCACCUGCGGGCAACCAUACUGUUUAUUAUAAAGUAUGGGACUUCCAGCAUAACACCGCCGUAUGCAAGUUUAAUAUUACUGUCACUAAAGAAACGCUAAAGCCUCCGAAUAUAUUGAACUGUCCCAUAAAAGUUUUGUCCUUGGAUACAGCUCUCAAAAAAGAUGAGGCCAAAAUGAGUGAAGAGACUACUGCUAUCCAAGCUUACGAUAACGAUGGAAAGAAACUAAAGGUUAACUACGAACCUGCAACGGUACGUCAUUGCCACUGUUUUCAUCCCUAUACAACGGAAACAACUGUUAUUGCAUGGGCCGUUGAUGAUGUGGGAGUCAAGGAAACAUGCGAAUUUAAUGUAACCGUUUCCGAUAAACAGGCGCCAGUUAUCAUGCAGUGUCCCGAAGACAUGGAAUUUAAUGAAAGUGAAACAAUGUAUUGGCGGCAACCAGCAUUUGAAGAUAACGUCGCUAUUGCAGCGGUUGACUCGAACUACAAUAAUAGUGCCAUAUUCUCCAUUGGAAAACAUAUCGUUUACUAUAAUAUUUGGGAUUAUGAUUUUAACAAUGCAAGCUGCAGAUUUACUCUGACCGUCACCAGACGUAAAUUACCAAAAAUUAUGAAUUGUCCUGAACAUGGCUUAUUCUUGAGUACAUCUAAAUCCGAAAAUAGUGUGGUGUUAACUGAGAACUUAACCUCAAUAGUAGCAUAUGAUGGUGAUGGCAACAAGUUAGAGGUAGGUUACGUGCCUGCUACUCUCCGCCAUUGUUACUGUCCUACACCGGCAUCAAGCGAUAUGCCUGUAUUAGC